AAGAGAUACACCAUGGGGGAUGCUCCUGACUAUGAUAGAAGCCAAUGGCUGAAUGAGAAGUUCAAGCUGGGCCUGGACUUCCCCAAUCUGCCCUACUUAAUUGACGGGUCCCACAAGAUCACCCAGAGCAACGCCAUCCUGCGCUACAUUGCCCGCAAGCACAAACUGUGUGGGGAGACAGAGCAGGAGAGGAUUUGUGCCGACACUGUGGAGAACCAGGUCAUGGACAACCGCAUGCAGCUCAUCAUGCUCUGUUACAACCCUGACUUUGAGAAGCAGAAGCCAGAGUUCUUGAAGACCAUCCCUGAGAAGAUGAAGCUCUAUUCGGAGUUCCUGGGCAAGCGGCCAUCGUUUGCAGGGGACAAGAUCACCUACGUGGAUUUCCUCGCUUACGAUAUUCUUGACCAGUACCGUUUCUUUGAGCCCAAAUGUCUGGAUGCAUUUCCCAACCUGAAGGACUACAUGGCCCGCUUUGAGGGCCUGAAGAAGAUCUCUGCCUACAUGAAGACGGGUUGCUUCCUUCCAACACCUAUCUUCCCAAAAAUGGCGCACUGGUGUAACAAGUGGACCCCUGCUGUGCUGGCUGUUACACGGGGAACCUGUCUAUGGUAG